AUGAGAUUGCAUAUCAAUAACGGUGUUCAAAUAACGUGGACAAUUGAAAAUGCGUCGAAAUUGUCAACGGAUGCCGCAAAACCGUACACUUGGAAAACUGCUGAUAACUUGGAAUGGUAGGUUUAUACUUAUUUAAUAUAUUUAUCCCAAAUAAUCGAUAAUUUUUAGGAGUUUGGAAUUUUAUGUUUCACAGAUGAUGUUUAUAAGAUUAAAAUGCUUGAAAAAAGACGCGAGUUCUGCUUGGAUAUGCGACAUUUAUACAAAACUCAGAUUGUUGAAGCAAAAUCGAAGCACCCAGCAUUUUUCGAGUGAUAUGAAAUUUUGCGCAAGUUUUCAAAAAGGCGAAUAUUUUCUAGGCUACGGAUUGUGGGAAACAUUUGAAAAUGAUGGAUUUAUUCGAGGAGAUGAUUGUAUUGUUAUUGAACUUGAAAUGAAUUAUAAAUUAUACGAUUUUAGUCAGCCGAUUGAAGGAUUAACCGAUUAUUCGUGUCAAGUUGGAGAAAAAAGCGACGUAUUUUGGUUGAGUCGCGGAUUUCUCGCAGCUAAUUCAAAAAGGUUCUUUGAACAUUUUUAUGGUUCUCAAGAACAACAACAAAACUUGGAGCUAGACAAAAUCCAACCUUUUGAGUUCUGUCAUUUUUUAUCGUGUUUUCAUCCGACUUCGAAAUUUAUUGAAGAUUUGGGACAAGUCAAUUCAUUGAUUGUUUUGGCGAAUCAAUUUGAAGCCAAUUGUGUUCAUGAAAUUUGCGAAGAAUUUUUGAUUGAACAUUUUGAUAGAGAAACAGCUUUGAAAUAUGCUGAUCGAUUUGGAUAUCGAAAAUUGAUGGUAUGAUUUUUUUUCUGGAAAUGGGAUCAAAAUUCGAUUUUUCAGGACAAAUAUCUGGAGUCUUUGAAAACUGAGGGACAAAUUAAACAACUCCAAAACACUCAACAAUUCUGGAAUCUCACGUUGGAAUCGAAAAAUCGAAUUUUGUUGCAUUUCUCAAAAAUUUGUUCCCAAUCUUAA